AUUGAGGCUGGGGCUGAGGCUGAGGUUGAGGCUGAGGCUGAGGGUGUCCUAAAAGUCAAUGUUUUGUGGCGGUAAAGGGUCCAACCUCCAAAUCCCGAUUCCCAUAAGAAUCAUUAUGACUCGAUAAGUAUAAUAUUUGUCCAGUAGUAAUAGGGUUGAGAUUGUGAAUCUUGAUGGGACACUGGCCAAUGAGUGGUACUAUAAAUAUGAUGUAUCCUACGCGAGAGAGAUCCAUCAUUCAUCCGACGAACAGAUCGUGUGUGAUCAAUUAGUUAGACCUUAUCGAAAUUGUAUAUUAUAGAGAGUUUUAGGUAGUCAGCCAUGUCCUGGUGCAGCAGCCAAUUACCUGAAGAAUUGAUCUGCGAAGUACUUGCUAGGCUGCCAGCGAAAUCGGUGCAGAGAUUCAGAUGCGUGUCCAGAUCAUGGAAAACUCUAAUCGGCAGCAACUAUUUCAUCACUUUACACCUAAAAGCAUCCAAAGCAAAAGGCAGCGGAGACAAACCCACAAUCUUAUUGUUGACAGAAUCAGACGGAGGAAGAAUUUAUUCAACGUCUAGUCCCGUAAUCCACUUGGUAGAUGUGGAUUCACCCCCAGGCAGUAAUCAGAUGAGAAGUACUUGGUUGAAACCUGAUCCUCGUUUAGGUAGGCGCAUAAGUGAGAUCCAGGGUUGCUAUAAUGGAUUAGUUUGUUUGAAGGAGGGGUAUUACGGUAACCUACUGCUAUGGAAUCCAACCAUUCGCAAAUAUUGGGAGUUACCUGUUCCAAUUGCGGAUGAGGAUCCUCUUCAUCAUCUAAAGCGCAUGUGCGGUUUUGGAUAUGACGAUGUUGAGGAUGACCAUAAGAUUGUGAGGGUGGUCGAGUACUACGUUGACUAUUUUGCUUCUCCAACCAAACAGAGCGUUCAACUUUAUAGCACCAGAUCCAAUUCCUGGAGGCGCUUACCACAGUUCCCUUAUUUUGUUGGAAAAUACAGCGUGCUGUCUGGGGUGGCCAACACGGUUAAUCAUGCUCUCCACUGGAUCAUGGAGGAGGAUGGCAACCGUUUUGUCAUUCUGGCUUUUGAUCUCAGAACCGAGACAAUCAGAAUGGUUCCACCACCCCCACCUCCUCCUGAUCAAGGCCAUCAACCUCCUCCUUCUUCGGCCCACGACGACUACGUGGGCGAGAUUUAUGAUGUUGUUGUACCCUUUAAAACCACAUCCUUAGGGGUUCUGGAUGACCGUCUUUGCGUGAUGUAUUUUCACGUGGAACCAAUGUUGAGUUUGUGGAUAAUGGAGGAAUAUGGCGUGAAAGAUUCUUGGACCAAGAGGAUUAUUUUGACAGCUCCUCCCAAUUUUGACUUGAGUGAGAUGAGUUUUCUAGUUCUCCUCCCAUAUUCGGGUAGCUACGAUAAAAGAAGCACCCAAAUCUACUUUUAUGAUUACAUGUUUAUUUAUUGUUACGACACAAACACACAUGCAGCUCGGAGAUCAAUACCCCAGCCUCCUUUCGCUUGUGACCCAAAGUCUUCGGAUAUUAGGAUAAAUGCGUUUCCCUUUAUUAGCAGCCUUGUUAAUCCUUUUCCCACAUCUCGUGAGUAAGAGUAGUUAGU